UUUAGUUCAAUUCAAAAGUUAAUCGAGAACAGAACUUAAUUUAUCAAUAGCUUAAUUGUAAUUCAUGUGAAAAAAAAAAUAUUUCGUAAAAAAAGAAAAUUUAAAUUCGACAUUAAAAUCAUGUUGAAAACUUUCGAAUCAUUAAAACCAUUUCUUCAUCCUACAAAGGUUUAUACGGACAAUUUUUUGUUUAAACUUCAUUACCGUUUUACAUUUAUAAUACUUUUAAUUGCAACUGUAUUAGUUACAUCAAGACAGUAUAUAGGGGAGCAUAUAAAAUGUAUUUCCGGAUCAAUACCUGAACAUAUUAUAAAUACAUUUUGUUUUUUUACAACAACUUUUACAGUGGUCCGUCAUUUUAACAACACUGCCUUAGAUAGUGGCGCCAUUUUUCAGCCUGGUAUUGGACCAUAUCACUUCGAAGAAGAACCUAUCAAACGUCAUGCCUACUAUCAAUGGGUUCCAUUUGUUCUAUUCGGACAAGCUCUAUGUUUCUUAGUGCCACAUUUUUGUUGGAAAAAAUGGGAAGGUGGUCGCGUAAAACAACUUGUUCUUGGCUUCAAAAUGGCUGGUCUCUCAAGAUAUAUUCAUCAAAAGUUAAAAUUCGGUGAAACAGAAAUCCCAUCGAUGGAAGACACUGAACAACGUGUCCAGGAUAUUCGACGAGAAAUCAAAUAUCGUAUGCGUUUAAAUAGUCAAUGGGGAAUUCAUCUUAUGAUGGCCGAAUGGAUGAACUUGUUCAAUAUUGUUCUUCAAAUAUGGUGGACUGAUGUAUUUCUAAGUGGACAAUUUUACAGUCUUGGUUUUAAAGUCCUAUCGGAAAAUUGGAACAAUAAAAUGGAUAUUCUCGAUGUGGUAUUUCCCAAAGUUACAAAAUGUCAUUUCAAUAAAUUUGGUCCUUCCGGUUCGAUGCAAGUUCACGAUACACUCUGUGUGAUGGCUUUGAAUAUUAUCAAUGAGAAAAUUUACACAAUACUUUGGUUUUGGUUUGCUUUUAUUUUGAUGAUGUCAAUUUUGGCAGUUACUUGGAGAUUUGUUACAUUGAUGAUGUAUAAAAGUGAAUGGUUUUCGGAGAAAGCAUUUCGGUCAACAAAAGCUGGAAGACAUGUCAAUAAACGAGACCUUGAUACAGUUAUAUAUGAAUGCAACUUUUCCAAUUGGAUGUUUUUAUAUUUUCUAGCAUCGAACUUGUCUGAUUUUCUCUUCAACAAGAUUAUAAAAAAUCUUGCUGCUGAAUUUUCAGAAUUUCACCCUAAUCCUGCUUAUGAUAAUCAACAAAAUCUACGACUUGUUUCGGAGAAACCAGGCAUUAGUUCGAUAGACACGGUAGAUGGUGCUCCAUUGUUGAAGGGGGAAGGCUCAAAAACCGAUUAGAUUAAGAGUUAAAAAUACUUAUCUAGAUUUUAAGUUUUCAACAAUAAAGUUGUUUUGUUUUUCUUUUUU